GCCACGAAAGUGCCCACAUGGAGCUAGGACUGGCUUUUGUUGGCAGGUCUGGCCCAAGUCUCACAAUACAAAGGGUUGGAACCCUGCAUCCCAUCAAACGAGGCAGCUCCACUGUUUAUUUUGGAGUAGUCCAGUUAGCUGCAACCAUGGGCCCUAUAGGAGUACUGGGUGAAAAGAACAGCACAAAUGAAGUGAAAAUGGAGCUGUACACCAGGCUAUACUUGCCAGGCCUCACCACACCACCCAGUGAGCUGGCAUCUGACCCCAAACCAGAACUGAAAGACAGUACCAACCUGGUCGAGGUGCAGAUAGUCCUCAUCAUUGCCUAUUGCUUCAUCAUCCUGCUGGGUGUGAUGGGCAACUCCCUGGUGAUCCAUGUGGUCAUUAAGUUCAAGAGCAUGCGCACAGUGACUAACUUUUUCAUUGCCAAUCUGGCUGUAGCUGAUCUGCUGGUGAAUACGCUGUGCUUGCCCUUCACCUUAGUUUACACACUGUUGGGAGAAUGGAAGCUGGGCCCAGUGCUGUGCCACCUGGUGCCUUAUGCCCAGGGCCUUGCAGUGCACGUGUCUACUGUUACCUUGACUGUGAUUGCCCUGGACCGGCACCGCUGCAUUGUCUAUCACUUGGAGAGCAAAAUCUCCAAGCGAAUAAGCUUCCUGGUCAUUGGAGUGGCCUGGGGUGUCAGUGCACUACUGGCUAGUCCUCUGGCCAUCUUCCGUGAGUACUCUCUGAUUGAGAUCAUUCCUGAUUUCCAGAUUGUGGUCUGCUCUGAGAAGUGGCCUGGUGAGGGGCAACUCAACUAUGGCACCAUCUACAGUGUCUCUAUGCUCCUGAUCCAAUACGUUUUGCCUCUGGUAAUCAUCUCCUAUGCCUAUGCCCGUAUCUGGACCAAACUAAAGAAUCAUAUCAGCCCUGGGGCUGGGAAUGACAACUACCACCAUCGGCGGCGGAAGACCACUAAGAUGCUGGUGUGCGUGGUUGUGGUGUUUGCUGUAAGCUGGCUGCCCUUUCACACUUUCCAGCUUGUCAGUGACAUUGACAGUAAGGUGUUAGAUCUGAAGGAGUACAAGCUAAUCUACACAGUGUUUCAUGUCAUUGCCAUGUGCUCAACCUUUGUUAACCCACUUCUCUAUGGCUGGAUGAACAACAACUACAGGACAGCCUUCCUCGCAGCCUUCCAAUGUGAGCAGCGACUGGAUUCCAUUCACCCUGAGGUAUCAGGAGCAUUCAAAGCCAAGAAGAACUUGGAAGCAAAAAAGAAUCAUUGCACGGGAACCCCUACCAAUGUCUGAGAAUGUCAGGCACAGAAGAAAAAAGGAAUACACUCUGGCCAGAGAAAGAUCUGUUUUGACAGAUGCAUUUUUAUACAUAGUUUUAAUCAUAUAAGAUGGAAGAAAAUCAGCAAGUUAAAGUGUCUGUUCUAUGAUUCCAGAGAUAGUUGGUUGCCGUCAACCAUAUACAAUUACACAUCUCCAAAGAAAUAUAAAAGAUAUUUCAUUUAUGGCAAGAAGUCUCUGUCCCAACCUUUUGCUAAGGCAGCAGUAAUGAUAAAGGCAAGAGAAGUGUUUGCCAUUCUUGCCCUAAAGAGAAUGAAUAGAUAAAUUGUUCCUCAAGAGUCUCAAAACUGGAAGUUGGCAGUGUGGACAUGGUAGGCUGCAAAUAGGGACUACUUCAGAAGCUUAAAGCAUGCUCUAAGAGUGAGGCUGAGGAUCGGUGUAGAAGCUCAUACUUUCCAUAUCUUCCCCACUGCAACUACUCUGCAAAAUGAGGGUUUCAUUAAAAAGAUACACCACCAUUUUUGUCUGUAAAUAUUGUUACCAUAGAAUAAUUCCUAAAAUCAAACUGCUACUACUACUAGAGCAUUUAGGUCAGGAAAGUUAAAGUUUCAAUCUAAUUUGUAAUCUGGUUUCUGCUAAAACAAGUGGAGUAAUAACUAAUUCCUUAUGACUCAGCCACAGUUAUGCUGGGGAGAAAAACACAAAUUUGGGGCCUGAUCCUUUAUUCACAACAUACAUAGAGCUUUCAUUUUGCAUUAGAGAUUGCUAAAUAGGCCAGCACACUUAAAAGGGAAUUUGGAGCAGGUAGUGAAUGCAAACUCAGGUCUUUUGUGAGCACUUCUUAAGUUGAGGGAACCACUAAUGUUUGAACAACUAGGCACAGCUCCAGUGUCUGAAGUACCAUUAACUCUACAGGUUUUGAAUUAUUCCUGCUUUAUUCCUACAUAAUAAAGUAGGACAAAAUUUGAUACUUUAGAAAGGCUGCUAAAUAUUAAUGUGCUUUUCAGUGUUUGUGGUUUUAUGUCACACACAUCCUGCCUUGGAUCUUUUCCCAUUAUCAGCCACUAUAAGAUUAAAAAUAUCUGAUUGAAGUGUAACCUAGUAACAGUAUGCUCAGUUUAUGUAUAUUAACCAGUGAACUCUGCAUGUUAUAGUAAUAGUUAGUUACAUUUCUUUGGUUCAGGUAGAAAACUUGACUCUGUUUACUGUAUUGUAUAUGGCAAUGUGCAACUUUUCUGUGUCUUUGUCUAGCCUCAUUGAACUCAUUAAAGAGUUCAAGCUAAUUUCAACCAAUUCUUUCCUAGCUAAUUUUGCUGCCUAUCUUGGGGGGGGGGGAAGGAACCCCAACAAGCUGCGAUACUUUCCACUUUUCAAAGAGAUUUUCCAUAGCUAAAUUUCACUCGAAUUCCAUAAUUUUUCUAUUUCUCAUGGUCCUCUAAAUUGUUUGUGAACUUUUUUUACAUAUGAUCUAUUUAGUAUUUUAGUGUGAGAUGUCAUUACAUCACAGAUCUUUAUCGUGGGGGGAGAUUCAUCUUUAUAUAUACAGUAUCCUGCCUUUGUUUCUUACACUGCCGUGACAUCAUUCAGAUGUAUAUCUUCACAAUUAGAGAAGGAGGGAGAGAGGGACUAAACUGGCAUUUACUCAAGUAAGGAAAGGUAUCCAUCACUUUUACACAUGCUUCACCAAAUUAAUUUUUGUCUCAGUGAUAACAGUGCCCAGAAUGUUUGUAGUUAGCCCACGCUGUUAAAAAAAAAUUACAGGCAAAGAAUUACUGGGAGAGAUUACUGAAGUUUCAGUCCUAUGAUGUAUAAUUAUUAUUAUUAUAGACAGCAAUAUAAUUCAUUUACAGUCAAGUGUGUGAGCUCUUUAUGAAAAACACAUUAAAAUGUUUAUCCUACCCCCAAAAAGCCUUCAGCCCCACAACUCUUUAGAUAAAUGUUCUGACUCAAAUCUCUUAAGCUUUAUAUAUAGACAGUUUUAAAGUAACUGUUACUGUGUUGUGCUAAAAUUACAGUUGAAGGCCUGAUUUUCAGUUACAUUAUGGCUGCUUUACAUCACCCGGUGAAGGAGCCUCAAACUGGGUAUAAAUUACAUUGACAUCCAUUUCAAAGCACCUUUACCUUACCAGAGAGGUGUAAAGCAGCUGUAGUGUCAAUAAGAAUCUGCCCAACAAUGCUCUCUUCCCAUAGGAACGCCGUGGCACAACUUCUAUCAGUCCAAUCCUGUUUUCCUGGUGCAUCUAAAGCUCUCACUGAUGAGUAUACAGUAAGGGAUUGAUCCUGAAAUCCUCAUAUCUAUUGCGAUUUAUUCUGGCAGGUCUCUCUGUGUAGAUCCAACUGCAUCUACCAAAUGUGAUCAAUUUUUACCCUGUACACAUAACUAAGUACAUAUUUUUGUUUAUCAUGUGCUUCAUUCAUGUCAAAUUCAGAAGGGGCAUCCUAAUCUUUCAUUUACUGAUGUAUUAUCUAUCUAUGGUACUUUUCUAUGGCCCCAAUUACUGUAAAUCUGAGUUUUUCAAAUCUUUUAAUAUAUAUAUAUUCUCACAGUACAGCUGUAAAAUAGUGAAGUGUUAUUUCCAUUUUAUAGGUGGGAA